GGAUUUUGUGAUUUAUCCCGCCAGUACCACCGCCAAACUUGAAUCAGAUCGCGUCCAACAGUCGCCGAGAAGGAUUGUUUCCUCCCGAUUUUUCCGCCUUUUUUUUUAUCAACAAAAACAAUAGAAAAUGAUGUCUUGUGCAUCAACCCCCGACAUUAUCCCUACAGGAAAGAAAGGGCAAAUUCAAAUCAUCUUCGGACCCAUGUUCUCAGGGAAAUCGACGGAACUCAUCCGACGCAUGAAGAGAUACCAGAUCGCAAAAUAUGAGUGCCUUGUCAUCAAAUAUGCUAAAGACACGCGUUACGAUCAAGAUGGAGUUGCCACUCAUGACAAGCAAGUGCUAAAAGCUGUCGGUGCUAAUGAACUGUCUGAAAUAAAGGAGGAGGCAAGAAAGGCGGAAGUCAUUGGCAUUGACGAAGGACAGUUUUUCCCAGAUAUUGUUUUGUUCUGUGAAAAAAUGGCUGACCGAGGGAAAAUCGUCAUUGUUGCUGCUUUAGAUGGGACAUACCAAAGAAAGGGAUUUGGUCAAAUCCUGAAUCUGGUACCAUUAGCAGAGAGCAUUGUGAAGCUGACUGCCGUGUGUAUGAUAUGUUUCAAGGAGGCGUCAUUUACAAAGAGAACAAGUGUGGAAGAAGAGGUGGAAGUCAUUGGCGGUGAAGAUAAAUAUUUAGCAGUUUGUCGCGAUUGUUUCAAAUCACCUGCAGUUGUUGCUUCUCCUCGAGGAAAACAAAACCAAGUACCGUCCAGCACAGACAAGAAAACCAUCCCUUGGACGCUGCGACAACCAUUGGUCGAGAAAAACUGUGCCAGUCGAAAACUUUUUCAAACUCCAGAUAAGCCAAUGUCAAUUAGAGCUUAGGACAAUUUCAAAUGACUGACUGUUGUUUAUGAACCAAGUGGACUGAGACUCAUCUCAGUGGGAGGGAGAAACAAUGCUCUUGUAGUGCAAUAAUUUGAAUGAUGCUGGAGAAUUGCCCAGAGCACAAUCUAUUGGCCGAUGUGUGGUUAUUUCUGAAGACGCCCUCUCCAGGAGCAUUGAUCUCGCAGACUUUUAUCACUUUCCACAAGUGAUGUACUUCUACUUUUUUAUGAAUUCUGCGCAAGGACCAACAGAUGAAUGCAAACUUUAGAUGGUUGAGGGUUUGAUAUGUAUUGACAACCGAUCACAUAAUGCUCUCUGUAUAUAUAUGUAUGCUCGGUUAUUGCCUUGCUGGAUGAUGAAUGGUGAGGGAUGGAUGGUGCAGCCCAGUGACCGACCGCCAUUUGGCCCAUUUGCUAACCCAUUUAAGUUAUGAAUAAAGGAUUGUAUUAUUCUAAA